AUGCUCCCGCACGACAUCUGCUCCAAACUCCAAAACGCCUUCCGCGCACGACACGCCCGCGUCUCGCUCCCACACAACACCCAAACCCUCGGCAUCCUCUCCAUUCUCCUGCGCUCCGGGUUCGUCUCCUCUCUCACCCGGGGCACGAUCGCGGGGCCUUCCCCCGACGAGUUCACCACUGCCAAGCCCUCAGAACAACGUAUAUGGGCAAUGCUUAAGUACAGGGACGACCAGCCUGUCUUGCAGACAAUGGAGCUCAUUAGUCGGCCGAGUAGGAGGGUGUUCAUGGAGCUGUCGGAUAUCCGGCUGAUUUGCUCAGGGAGACGGAGUGGGCAGGUGAAGCCGCUGGGUAUGGGUGAAGUCGCGAUGGUGAGGACGAAGGAUAAGGAACAUGAGUGGUUGGAGGCGAGGGAGGCGCUGUUGUUGAAGAUUCCUGGGGAGGCGGUUUGUAGGGCACGGUAG